AUGGGACUACGGACCGCCCAAGAACACGAAGCUUAUGCUUGUCACGAGACGUUUUACCGGAACGAAGUUCGCAAGGGCACCGACAUUAUACUCAUCGAAAAUGUUUGCGAAUAUCAGUUGGAGACAGUACAGAGCCGACUCGGAAAGAAGUACAGAUGCAUCGAUGCUUGCAUCGAUCCACGAACGUUUGGCUACAGGACAGCUCGAGCGAGAAGGUACAUCGUUGCACUCAAGCAGGCUUCGGUGACUUGGAACCCGGACAUCAGCUUGCACGAUGUGCUUCUGAAGUUGAGACGUCGACCCGUGAUGCCGUUGAAGCAGUUUUUCUUCAUGAAGCCCCCGGUGCAAAAGCUGUCAGCUUGGCAUGCAAAGAACCUUGCAGCCUACGAGCGGGAGGCCCUGGGUGCUAAUCUGGUGCUUCUAGCGAGUGGGGCGGGUCGCUACAUGGACUACGAGGACAGUGAGUCCUCCGCGUCUUUGGCAAGACCUCAGCGAGCUCUCACUUUAGCGAUCUUAGUUUUGAUUGCGUCUUUGCCUCGGGACCCGUGUGCAAAGUGCGAGGCCUUGGCUCGUGGGGUCUCUUUGAUGGCUGCUGAAGCUUCGGCCUCCGAUCUAUGUGAUCGUUUCGAGCAACACCUCCAGCACUUGACUCAUGAUGUUGUGGCCCCACUCAGCUAUCCGUGGGACAGGAAUAAGGCCUUGUCUGCCAUUUUCUCAGGAAAACCAGGCAGAAGCGUCGACCUUCAUAGCGUCAAGGUGCCAAGAGUCGUGCCGCCGCCAGCCACGCAGUACAGGCGGCCGGGUGAUUCAGACGAGCCGCUGCCGGUGGCUCUGCAGUGUACCAAGGUUGUGCCCGUCUUUGAGGCUGUGCUUAAGAAGCCCAGGCUACAGGCAGGCGAGAAGGCCGGUGUCGAUCGAGAAAAUGUCCUACGUCGGUGGCUCUGUGUUCUGAGCCACUCACCUGGUGCCUCGAGGUUGGGGGUUCUCAUUUGGGCGAAAGGCGAAUCUGACCCCUUGGGGGUCGUGGCGCAGGCCUUGGCUGGGAAAGCAACAUCGACUUUGCUUAAGCGAGCCCGAUUUUCUGCACGAUUCAUUUGUUGGGCCGACAAGCAUCAUGUGAAGGCUUUCCCGGUGAGCCUCGAGUUUCUUGUGAGCUUCCUCAAACCACUUGCAGCCGAAGCCAGGAACAGUGCCAUUCGUGAGGCUAUGGAAACUGUCGAACAAGGAAUCAGUGACAACCCUUGGGUCAAGGGUGCGCUGCGGGGAGCCAACAUUCGCACCUGUGACCCGAGACGAUCGAGAGUCCUGAAGGUCGAGGAGGUGCUCCUCCUCGAAGGAGCGCUGAUAGAGGGAGCCCUUGACAAGGUGGACAGGUACGCUACUGGGGUCUUCUUGUUCCAGCUUUACUCCAGGGCUCGAGUGUCCGAUCUGAGGAACAUUUCGAAGCUUGAGCUUGACCUUGAUGGCGAUACGGGUUUCAUCGAGGUCAGAACUUAUGAGCACAAGAAUUGCCGGUUGAGCAGUGGACCGGGGGCCGUGCUCAUUUUGGUUGCGCCGUACCAUGGGCUCCACCAGAAGCCUUGGGGCGCCGCUUGGGCAGAGGCGGCGAAGGCCGUUGGCUUCGACUUCGAGAAGGGGCAUCGCGGGCCGUUGCUCCCCCGCCUGGCCUGCGAUUACUCUUGGAGCGGGGAUGCCAUCGAUGCCAACGAGACCACUACAUGGAUCAGGGCGUUGCUUUCACGGCUGCAAGCGGCCGAAGAAGAUCUUACAUUCUCCUCGCACGGCUUGAAGGCAACGCCGCUUUCUUGGACCUCGAAGGCUGGAUACAGUGAGAGGACGCAACUUGUCCUGGGACACCAUAGCUUAGGUCCAAGUGGGAAAACGCAAGAAGCUUACGCUCGCGAAGUGCAGGCGCAGCCGCUACGAGAUCUUGCAGAAUGUCUUGGUGCCAUCCGGCAGGGGGUUUUCCAUCCGGAUCGCACGAAGAGCGGGAUGAUUGCAGGAGGUGCGACCAUCCGUGAGUCGCGAUUCUCUUUGGCACCCUUGGGUCGUGCCAAUCUUUCGCCAUCUCACGAGAGCUUCGAGUGCGCUCCCGAAGUUGAGCUGGCCGAGGAUGGAGGCGUAGAACCUCCUGAUGAUCAGGACCUGGGUGAACAAGAAGACGUUCACGAAGCCUCGAGCAGCGAGUCUGAGAGCUCAGGUGAGUCCGAGGAGGAGACUCAUUAUGAGAGUUUUGGAGCAGGCGAAGCGCAGAAUGCGAUCCCGUCUGUGAACAUGGGCCCUGAUUUAGACAUUUUUCAGAACCCGAAGACCAAGAGCCUUCACUCACGAGCGAAGGGUUCUACUGGCAAGUUGAUCUGUGGAAGGUCGCUUGACAAUAUGAAGCCUUUCAGUGGAAAGGUCUUCAGCAGUAGAUGGCUGUGCAAGCAAUGCACAGCAGGCCGGCCCCUCCGCGACGCAGGGGCCAUGGCGAGUUUCAUCGCUAAGAAGCAGGGCGCUUCUAAGUGA